UGCGAAUUUCUGUUUUUUGCCGGCGGAAUUCCACGCCGACUUGCGGGCCUCCGCAUAGUGUGUUUUGUGUGUAUAUAAAACUGUCACCACGGCCGAACUGACAGCAGUGUUGUCAUCGUCGUCGCCGACGUCGUCAGUCGCAGAAUGAUCCUCGUUUUGAUGGGCGUCUGCGGCUGUGGGAAGACAACAGUUGGAAUGGCACUGGCAGAAAAGCUGAAUUGUAUUUUUCGAGAUGCCGAUGAAUUUCAUUCUGAAGAAAAUAAAAGGAAAAUGUCACAGGGCAUUCCAUUGAGUGACGAGGACAGAAUCCCGUGGCUAAGAUCGAUUCACGAGUUCAUCAAACAGUUAAGCACCAAUGGUGAAACUGGUGUAGUAACAUGUUCUGCCUUAAAGAAGAUGUACAGAAUUAUAUUGCUGACAGGGGAGGUAACGCAAAUGACUCCGGCCAGUCUGACCACCAGCUCAGUCUUAUUUGUGUAUUUGCAUGGCGACUACACAGUCCUGGAGUCUCGUGUGUCUAGUAGACAAGGCCACUUCAUGCCAGCGAUAUUAUUACAGUCUCAGCUGGAAACACUUGAGAUACCCGAAGAGAAUGAACAUGCCAUAACUGUUGAUAUAGACCAGACCGUUGAUGGUAUAGUGGAAUAUAUUGUGUCACAUGAAAAGUUGAGUCAUAUACAGUGACAUGCCAUAACUGUUGAUAUAGACCAGACUGUUGAUAAUAUAGGCCCUAGUGGAAUUUAUUGUGUCACAUGAAAAGUUGAGUCAUAUAAAGUGACAUGCCAUAACUGUUGAUAUAGACUAGACUGUUGAUGGUGGUAGUGGCCUUACACCUACCUACUGAGUCGAUAAAACUCGCUCUGGGUAGGAGCCGGUACCAGGCUGUGAACCCAGUACCUACCAGCCUUAUGUCUGAUAGAUCAACCACUACACCACCAAGACCGGUAUAUUAAAGCCACUAACCCUAGUUAAUAUCCAGUGUAAAAUAUUUUUGAUUACGGGUUUUAUAGCGUUAACUUAAAAAUUAAUUAAAAAUUUUGCUUAAAAUUCUGGCAAAUCCAAAAAGAUUUCACCUUCAGUGUACAGGGAAUUUGUUCCUUGUAUAUUUGCGCGACUACAGUUUAAAGAAAGCUGUAUGGAUUUUUAGGUGUUAUUGUUUUUCCCAUGCCAGCUAAACCAGACACCCAGAAAACCAUGUAAAAACAGUUAAAAAGUUUUGUUUAACAGCACCACUAGAGCACAUUGAUUUAUUAAUCAUCGGCUAUUGAAUGUCAAUUUUUUUUUGUAUAUAGUGUUUGAGAGACGAAAUCCACUACGUUUCCAUUGGUAGCAAGGGAUCUUUUAUAUGCACCAUCCCACAGACAGGAUAGCACAUACCUUUGAUAUACCAGUCAUGGUGCACUGGGUUGGAAUGAGAAAUAGCCAGUGGGUCCACUGUGUCAGUGAGGAUUGAUCCUAGACUGACUGCACAUCAGGCAAGUACUUUACCACUGGGCUACGUCCCACCCCACAGAACCAAGUAAAAAGUCCUGUUUUAAGUGAUGCCAUACAUCCCGUUUGGAGAGGUUCAGUCCAGACUGGUAGUUAAAAAGAGACCAUGGAAAACAUCUGGCUUUGAGGGAAUUCUAGUUUAUAGAUGGUUUGGUUUCGAGGAUUUUUCCUGCAUUAUUCCCCCCCCCCCCCCCCCCCCCAACCUCCAAUGACAACACUAUUAUAAUUGGCUUAAGAAAGUGUUUCAAAAACCAAACCCCAUAAAAUAAUAUGUAUAUGUAUACAAUCUCUCAGCCCUUCUGGAUCAAGUAGAACAUUUAGAACGUUUGAAUCAUCUGACACUAAUCCAGUAAUGUUGUUUAACAAGACCGUGUACAUUAAAGGAACACUCACUUCACUUAUGAGCCUUACCUGUAGAUAAGGUGCAUGCUCAGACAAUCAACACAUACUAACAGUCUGAGAAAUGAAAAACGCAUAAGUUUAUAAUUAAUAAAAAAGAAAGAUUAUUCCUGGGGACAGCCAUUUUGUUUUGGUUUUGUCGCACCUGGAAGGGAAGUGACAUCGGCUUCUAUCAACUAAUGCUGUAUGUACACUGUAAAUGUAGUGACUUAAGAAAAGGUGCUUCACUGUGAUGACUUUAAAAAAAACCCAUAAUGCCCUGAUAAAAUAAUAAACUAUUUAACUAAACAUAUUUCAAUGUGUAUCAACAGCAUGAAAUACGGUUACAGUAUUUUUCUGUCUGCAAAAAUCAAAAGAAAAACAUGCAUAGCCUACUAGUAGGUCUAGUAGUAUGUUUGAGCAAAACCGACAACCCAAGUGAUAAUUUCCUUUUCUUCGGAACUUCUUAAUUGGUCAGUUCUGUGAUUUUACAUGGGAUUUUAAGCAGUAUAAUGUGCAUUAAAUAUAGUUGAAUAUACAUGUCGGUCCAAAAGCCUGGCCCAAGCACCUCUUUAACAUUAAGUUUUGCAUAAAUGAAUAAAUGAAUGAAUGUUUAACAACACCCCAGCACAAAAACAAUGAAGGAAAUGUUUUAUUUAACGACGCACUCAACACAUUUUAUUUACGGUUAUAU